AUGAGACUCCAGACCCUCCUCCUCUCUGUGUCCAUCCAUGGGAUGGUGGUGUUUCUGUAUGUUCUGGGAAGCUUCAAUAAACAUGAUGAGGCUGAAGAAAUUGACCAGUGCUGGGUACAGCCUCCAACAAGGUUCUGUGGAAAAAGGUGCACGAGGGUGCAGAGAUGUGUGACCCCAAACCACACCUGCUGCUGGACAUACUGUGGAAACAUCUGCUUGGACAACGAAGAACCCUUUAAAACCCUGAUGAAACUCUAG